GCUCAACAGAAGGCUGAUGUAGGCAAUAUGGAAUUCCUUUGCUUUUUAUAAAACUCUUUUUAAACUAAACCAAUCCACUUAUUCAUCAGGUAAAAGCUGAAGACUAUACAACUCUUGUUCUAAAAACACAGGGUAGAAAACAGAAUGUUCCAGAAGAGAGCAUAGGACCAUGGGGACUGCAGGAAGAAAAGCUCAUCCCCCCUAGGAGAAUUGGAGAAGAACCACUUAUUAGAGGGCAAACCCUGGGUAUAAUCCAAUUGGUCACUUUUCUGAAUUCCUAUUGUUUUUAUACAUCUGUGCUCCUUGAUUAUAACUUGGUAAUUCCUCUUGGUAUUUCGUGGUAGGUUAAAGAUACUUCAAAGUCAAAAUCUUUUCUGGUUCUUACUUGUCAGAAUGUCCAGCCCAGUGUAUGACAUGCAGCAGGAGCUCAGUAAAAACCUUCAUUGGAGAAUUGAGGAGAUUUUCUUUCAAGAGUUGCGAAUCAGUUCUAGUGCAAAUGUGUUGCUCAUUGUACUUCCAGAUAGUUAGGCUUACCUCUGUUUUGUUUUUUAAUUUGGCAUUUAUUUUUUGCUUUUCCUAAUUAUAAUCAAGAGCUGUUCCCAGAGUAGACUCAUUUACACUGAUACUUUAGAUUUGUCGAGUGACUAACUUAAGAAAGGAAUCCCUGGAACCCACUAAUUUAACCACACCCCUAACACUGCAGAGUUACCAUUGGGUUACUUUCCUGCUACCCAGCACACUUUUCCAGCACCCAUCCUGUCUUCCCCAGGGAGAGGAAGCGACUCUGAAUCUGACUUGCCUCACCGGAAGCUGCCAGAUGUGAAGAAGGAUGACAUGUCUGCACGGCGGACUUCCCAUGGUGAGCCAAAAUCAGCAGUGCCUUUUAAUCAGUACCUUCCGAACAAAAGCAACCAGACAGCCUAUGUCCCUGCUCCUCUGAGAAAGAAGAAGGCAGAGCGGGAGGAAUACCGGAAGAGCUGGAGUACCGCCACCUCCCCCCUGGGCGGGGAGAGGCCCUUCAGUUAUCCUGAAACGAUAGAGGAAGAGGGAAGCGAAGUGGGGUCUCCUGGUGAAGAAGACCCCCUGGACAGCCCUGCUGUGGGGUUAGAAGUACCCCACAGCAGCAGUAAGGAGAAGCCUCCUUCAGGGGGCACUGUGGAGGCACCAGCUCCCAAGUCUGAAGACAAAGACGCUAUGGAAAUCCAAAAGCGCAGACGGCUGGAGCAAGCUGGAAUCAAGGUCAUGGCCGCAGCACAGCGCUUCGCCAGUCAAAAGCAUUUAAGUGAAGAGAAAAAAGAAGCUGUUCGUGAUAUUGUCCUUCGCAAAGAAAAUCCUUUCCUGACCCACCAACAUGGCAAAGAUUCGGAGUCAGAAGAUGAAACUGCAUGUCGUCUGCCUGACCUUGAGAAAGAUGACUUUGCUGCACGGAGAGCAAGGAUGAACCAAACCAAGCCAAUGGUGCCAUUGAAUCAACUCCUGUAUGGGCCUUAUCGAAAAAAAGACACACAGAAAUCAAAUAGCAGCAAACAGCUCUCAAAGAGACUCUCAGACAACAAAAGUCUAGAAUAUAAAAGAAACCAGGGCCAACCAGAAGAGGUGAAGUCAGUGGUGACAUGUAAUGUACAAGCUCAGGAGAGUGGACCAGUGGCAGGAGGUCUCAGGAAGAUGCCAGGCCUUCACAAGGAUGACCUGGCCCAGCGGAAAAUCCAGGGCAGCCUUGCCCCUCACCGCGAGGCUCCAAGCUUUAUCAAACUCUCCGAGAUUACAGAAGCCGACUUGGAGACGUGGGAGCGACUGAAAGUGUCAGGAAAGAUGAGGGAUGGAGAUACUCAGCAUACCUGUGCUCCCCAGCCUUCACCAGAAAUCAAUGCAGAAAUUGCUCUCCGAGACGACUUUGCCAGCCGCAGAGCAAGGGCCUAUAAGAAAGUUUCCAGCCCUAGGCAAAAGUUUGUGCACUUUGGGCCAGUGACAGAGAUAGAUCAGCAGACAUGGAAGCGGCUCAGCAUUGGCCAGGCUGAGCCCAGGGAGGAUGCAGAAGCCGUCAGUCAUGGCAGCGAGGUUGACACUUCCUCUGGGUCCCCUCCCUCGGCGGCUGCUCCUAGCUUACACGAGGACCAAGUGCUUAGUCCCCAAAAUGACAACAGGUUAGUGAAUUCUGGUACAGAUGACAAUUGCAAAAGGGCCUCGUGGCUGGCUCCUGUGCUGGAGUCUCAGGAUGAGCAGAUCUGCACUCUGGGCGAGAGCCCAAGGAUGACAGAGGAAGUUAUGUCUAAACAGCUGCCACAGGAUGGCAGAGAAGAAAAUGAAGUAGUUGCUCCCAAAGAUCCCGAGAUGGCACCGAAAGUAGAAAGAUCGGAGGAGUACAGCCAUUCCCUAUUCGGUCCGAGAACUCCUGUGUCCGAUGACGCAGAGAGCACCAGUAUGUUUGACAUGCGGUGUGAGGAGGAGGCCGCGGUGCUGCCGCACAGCAGGGCCCGCCAGGAGCAGCUGCAGCUGAUAAAUAACCAGCUGAGGGAAGAGGACGACAAAUGGCAAGAUGACCUGGCUCGUUGGAAGAGCCGUAGAAGAAGUGCUUCUCAGGACUUAAUCAAGAAAGAGGAAGAAAGGAAAAAAAUGGAGAAGUUACUGGCUGGAGAGUAUGGGACAAGUGAACGAAGGAAAAGCAUCAAGACCUACAGAGAAAUUGUUCAAGAAAAAGAGCGGAGAGAGAGGGAGCUGCACGAGGCGUACAAGAAUGCACAGUCACAGGAGGAGGCAGAAAGCAUCCUGCAGCAGUACAUUGAGAGGUUCACCAUCAGUGAGGCUGUCCUUGAACGCUUGGAGAUGCCAAAAAUUCUGGAAAGAAGCCAUUCAACAGAGCCAAACUUAUCCUCCUUCCUGAACGACCCCAGUCCCAUGAAAUAUCUGAGGCAACAGUCCCUUCCUCCACCCAAGUUCACUGCCACAGUUGAAACCACCAUUGCUCAUGCCAGUGUUCCUGACACCAACACGGCAACAGGCAGUGGGUCUCCCAGCAAAACUGUUACUUCCAAAGCAGUGCCUAUGCUGACACCCAAGCCUUACUCCCAGCCCAAAAACUCUCAAGAGGUUCUGAAGACCUUUAAGGUAGAUGGGAAAAUCAGCAUGAAUGGAGAGACAGUCCAUGGAGAUGAGGAGGAGAAAGAAAAAGAGGAUCCCACAGUGGCACCUGCACCCCCCUUAACCAAGUCCCAGAUGUUUGAAGGUGUGGCCAGAGCGCUUGGCUCCCCACUGCAGGUGAAACAAGACAGCAACAGCAUUGAGAUCAACAUCAGGAAGCCAAACUCUGUUCCCCAGGAACUGACAGAAACCACUGAGGAAAUGGAACCGAAUAGCCAAGAGGAUGAGAAUGAUGGUGAAAAACCAAGAAAAGGGAGUGCAGAGCUUGCCUCAUCAGAGGCACAGCAUUUUACAACAACUGUGACUCGAUGUAGCCCAACUGUGGCCUUGGUGGAGUUUUCCUCCAGUCCCCAGCUGAAGAACGAUGGGCCAGAACAAGAAGACCAGAAGCCAGAAAAUGAAAUGAGUGGAAAAGUGGAGUUGGUGCUGUCACAAAAGGUAGUAAAGCCAAAAUCCCCAGAGCCAGAAGCAACUCUGACGUUUCCAUUUCUGGACAAAAUGCCUGAAACCAACCAACUACAUUUGCCAAACCUCAAUUCUCAAGCGGAUUCUCCGAGCAGUGAAAAGUCACCUGUAACUACACCAUUUAAGUUCUGGGCAUGGGACCCAGAAGAGGAGCGCAGGCGACAGGAAAAAUGGCAGCAGGAACAGGAACGCCUGCUCCAGGAGCGAUACCAGAAGGAGCAGGACAAGCUGAAGGAAGAGUGGGAAAAGGCCCAAAAGGAGGUGGAAGAGGAAGAACGCAGAUACUAUGAGGAGGAGCGUAAGAUAAUUGAAGACACUGUGGUUCCAUUUACUGUUUCUUCAAGUUCUGCAGACCAGCUGUCUACAUCCUCCUCUAUCACAGAAGGAAGUGGGACAAUGAAUAAGAUGGAUUUGAGCAACUGUCAUGAAGAAGAAAGAGAGAGAAGACAGAAGAAAUCUUUCCAGGAGGAUGACAGUGACAUACUGUGCAAGACUAGGGAAAGUGGUCCCCUGGAGGAGAAGGGCAGCCUGACUCAAGGGCUCUCAGAGCAAGCUGAGAGCCCCAUGUCAAAAGGAAGUUGUCGGGAUCAUCAGCUGGAUACAGAGGCUCAAGACCCACCCCAGAAUCAGCAGACAUCAAACCCACCAACGCACAUGUCCGAAGACGUAAAGCCAAAAACCCUCCCACUGGAUAAAAGCAUUAACCAUCAGAUGGAGUCUCCAAGUGAACGGCGGAAGAAAAGUCCUCAAGAGAAUUUCCAGGCUGGACCCUGGUCCCCCUCUUCUCCCACGCCUCCUGGCCAGUCACCAAACAGGUACAAGAGGUCUAUAAGCGGGAAGAAGCUGUGCUCCUCGUGCCGGCUCGCUUUGGGAAAAGGCGCUGCAAUGAUCAUCGAGUCUCUGGACCUCUACUUUCACAUCCAGUGUUUCCGGUGUGGGAUUUGUAGAGGACAGCUGGGAGAUGCAGUCAGUGGGACGGAUGUUAGGAUUCGCAAUGGUCUUCUGAACUGUAAUGACUGCUACCUGCGAUCGAGGAGUGCUGGCCAACCUACAACAUUGUGACGUGGUUUUCAAACUUCUGGGUCACUGACCAUCUCUUUAUUAAGGGUGUCCCUUGGCAACUGCUUAACAAAAUCCCAAGUUCAGGGAUUUCUCGGUUCAUCUAAUUUCUGAAAGGCUCUUCUACAAGAUGGUAUCUGUUCUUUUGUUAGCACAGUGUCCUUUUCCUGGUUUUUUUUUUUUUUUUGGAUUUUUGAAUUGUUUUGCAUUUGCACAACAUAUACAAAAGAAUAUUGAACUGUAAUGAUCUUGAAUAGUUAAGAAAAAAGGUUUUAGCAUGGUCAAACAGGCUUAUGGCUUCAGUGUGUUACUCUCUUUGGGAAAUAGCUAAAGGACGCAAUCAACCUUUUAUGUUUUAGUAUUUCUAGAAAAUAAACAUUUUAUGUUUACAGAAUUGAGCUGCAGGAAGUGCAAGACAUGCAAUUUGAGAUGUGUGGUCUUCUAAGACAGGAGCUAAAAUUAAUGCAUUUCAGAAAAACUAAACAUCACAGUGAGCUCUGUUUCUGAGCUAUCACUUGUUUUAAUGCAAAGACACUAGUCUGAUAAUAUAUACUGUAAUCCUGAAAACAUUUGUGUUACUUACCUUUUGAGGUAGAAGUUAUACCAAUAAAUUAUUGCACGGUUAGUGUUAGAUUUUGUGUAAUAUGGAAGCCAUGUCGUUAAUAGGGGCUGGUCCGUCAAAUAGAACCCUUGCAAUGUCCUAGGCUUCCACUGUGGGACAUUGCCCUAGGGUAGGAAGAAACAAAAAGGAAAUAUUUCAGUCAUCAUUUCCAAACUUAUUUGCAAACUCUGGGAGGAAGUUUAAAGUCCAAACGAGUGGUGGGUCAAUUAGGAAUCUUUAAUUAAGGGACUUAAUUAAUAUGAGACAUAUGGAGUAUGAAACAUCGAGGUAAAUCUGUCAUUAGAUGUGAACACUGCUCACCUUUGCCUGCAAGUUCUCCUGGAGGGCCUGAAGGAAAGCAUUAGGUCCAUCCUAACAGAAUCCAAAUGCCCCUGACCUGGCAAGUGAUCAGCAAGAACCUAUAUAUCAGACUGUGCCCCGCCCGCUCUUAAUGGUCCCAUGUGCUCCUCCAUCCUCCACCAUCGCCAUCUUUACUCUCAAAAAUUCUGGACCUUGCUCAUGGAGAUUAGAAAGGAACUCUUUGUGGAGACCUGGUUUGUUUUCUGCCGCAUGUGAUAAGUUUCAGCUGGACAAGAAAAGAAUCAAAUGACUAAGAACCAUCAGAAUUUAGAUCUCCAGGCUAUUUUCUUAAAGACUGAGGAAAGGGGAGCUUAUUUAUUCUGCCUUAAAAUUAUGGCAAAUAAGUGAAUGUAGACUAUGGAUACACUCCUAAUAGGUUAAUAUAGGCAUAAAAAGAGAUCAAGUAGAUGCUUUUUCUGUUAUGUAAGCAAUAAUUUUUUCUGUGUCUUACUGAGUAUGGCUAGCAAUUAUUUAUUUCCAUGCUAGACGGUUCUUUGCAUGUGGGUUCCAUAUAGGUGAAGAAAUUUCCUCAGCCACUGGAGGUAUUUUGACCACUUUGUCAUUUGGAUGAGCUGUUAUUGAUUGAAAUUUAUACAUCAUUUCAUUAAAAUUGUGCCUUAGAAAUUGCGAAGCUGUUGCACAUAGUCAAUGAUGAAUUCUGGAUGCAGUGCAUUGAAGAAAGAUGAAGUCACUUCCAAGUUCCCACGACUUCUCAUGGAGGUGUUUGCUGUUUUAUAGGAGAAAAAAAAAAAGAAAUUUAAAGAAAAAGAAACAAAAAAAGGAAAAACUAAAAAGAAAAAGAAAAACGUUUUGAAAAUGUACAGAUUCAGUCCAGUAUUUUGAUUAACCACCUGCAUGCUUUAUUAAAUAUUUUGAUAAUGUGGAUGUUUACACUUUGCAUGAUAUUAGCAGAGUACUUUACCAGAAAUGAUGCACAACACAUGUACAAUAUGGUCAUUCAUAACUGAUUUUUAUAGAAUACUUUUUACACGCAGAACUCCAUCCAUUAUGUAAGGAUUAUAUGAAUAUUGCACGUUCUCUUCUGGUUUCACAAAGCCAUUUAUACAUAUUUCUUAGUGAGACUCAUUGUACAUGUAUUGAAGCUAGAAUUGAGUCAAGAAAAAUAAAGCCCCAUUCUGCAACUGCAAAACGUGCUCUCCCAUAAUGAACACAAGUCACCAGCACAGAACAGCCUCCAACAUCUUCUAAAUUCUAAUUGCCAACCGUUUCUAUUUCUAUUUGAUUUAUAUUUCAUUUGGAGUCGGUUACAUGGCAGCUUCGGCAGACUAGAUCUUGUUUUUCCCAAUGCAGUAUAAUGAGUAUGAUCUAUUUCUUUUCAAAUAAUCUUUGAGACCCCAGGAAAAAAAAUGCUCUGCUCUAUUGAGCUAUAACGUAAAUGUGUUUGUUUAAAAAACAGUAAGUGAUUUAUGAUUCCCAAGGAAGAACAUCUGACUUUUUUUCUCUCAUAUGCCAAAAGCUUAUCUUUUCUCUUUCCUAAGAAAAAAAUGGGUGAGUCUUUGUUUUUUCACUAGCAAACUUUCGUGACAUUUCAUCCUUCUUUCUAUGUAGUGUUAUUAAUGCAGUGCGUGUUCUAGUUAUCUAUACACAGUGUAAGAUUUAACGAACUGAAAUGAUCCAUCUCCUCUGUGAGUCCGUCCAAAAGACGUUACUGUUCUGGGUGGGCCAAUGUUCUGUAUCAAUUAAACUAACUUUCAUUUACAAAAUUCCUCUGAGAAAUAGUAAAAAAAAAAGAUUAAAAAUACAAUAAAAAGUUGUCUAAAAAUGCAACAGCUUUUAUAGUAAAUGUACAUUUAUAAAUAAAAUACUCAAAUCAA